UGAACUUGAUUCAUACUUAUUGCAGUUCUGACAUCAAUUUGAAGUCAUGAACGCAUUCAAGGCAUACAAGGCAUGCGUCCCGAUUGCUUGGAGCCCCAAUAUUUAUAUAACUCUGGUGAGAGGUAUUCCUGGAACCAGGAGGCUCCAUAGACGCACUUUGGAAGCACUACGCCUGCGCAAAUGCAAUCGAACUGUCAUGCGAUGGAACACGCCUACUGUUAGGGGAAUGCUCCAGCAGGUCAAGAGGUUGGUUGUUAUCGAGACAGAGGAAAUGUACAAGGCACGCAAACAGAAGGAAGAAGCGCACCAUGCUCUGCGUCCUCCAUUGAUAAUUAGUCAUCAACCAGCUUCAUCAGCUACCGGUUCUUUAUAAUAAGGCUUCUGUUUUUCUUUAGAGAAUAUCAUCAUCUUGGUACUUAAACUAUCAAUGUGAAAGUUAAAAGCUUUGCUUUGGUUACCAAGUGAUUCAAUGGAUCAAUCCUUACUUUGAAGAUCAUGUUUUAAUUAUUUAGCUCUAUAGGUGGAAAUUCACAUACGGUUGUCUUCAUGUGAAGUUGCUGGUUAAAAACCAUUAGAUGAUUUGACAUGUUCGACUAAAUUAUUAUAUAACGGCUUUCAACUUUCAACUU